CAUAUUUCAGGUGCUGAUAUUGAUACGCUGUGCGUUGCGCCAAGACAUGUAGACAGAUCAGAUUUUUUUACAUCUUUUGUUGACUUGUUGAAAGAACAGUGUGAAGUGAAAGAUCUCCGGACUGUAGAAGAAGCAUAUGUGCCUGUCAUCAAAAUGACUUUUGAUGGAAUUGAGCUUGACAUGUUGUUUGCUCGUUUGGCUCUGAAAGACAUACCAGAAAAUCAGGAUCUUAGAGAUGUUAGCCUGUUAAAAAAUUUAGAUCCAAAGUGUGUUAGAAGUUUAAAUGGUUGCCGUGUAACUGAUGAAAUACUGCAUCUAGUGCCUAAUCGGGAAAGUUUCAGGCUGGCUUUGCGCUCUAUAAAACUUUGGGCUAAAAAGCAUGGUGUAUAUUCUAAUGUUUUGGGUUAUUUGGGAGGAGUAUCUUGGGCCAUGUUGGUAGCCAGAACUUGCCAGUUGUACCCUAAUGCCUCUGCAGCUACUUUAGUUCAUAAGUUCUUUCUUGUAUUUUCUCAGUGGCCUUGGCCAAAACCUGUGCUUCUGAAACAGCCAGAAGAAAAUAAACUUGGCUUUGAUGUGUGGGAUCCUAGAAUAAAUGUGGGUGACAGAUUUCAUUUGAUGCCAAUUAUUACACCUGCUUAUCCGCAUCAGAAUUCCACAUUUAAUGUUUCUUUUUCUACACGAACUAUCAUGCAGGAUAGUUUCAAACAUGGUCUUUCUGUUGCUGAUGAAAUAAUGACUGGAAAAUGUGGAUGGGUGAAAUUGUUUGAACCUACAAAUUUCUUUUCAAAGUAUAAGCAUUUUAUAGUAUUGACAGCCACUGCACCUACAAAAAAAGAACAUCUAGAAUGGUAUGGUUUAGUGGAAUCAAAGAUAAGAAUUUUAAUAUCUCAUUUAGAAAGGCAUCCAAAUAUAAAUUUGGCUCAUGUUAAUCCAGAGGCAUUUACACCUUUGGAAGUGGAAUCAGACACAUACCAGUCUAUGUGGUUUAUGGGGUUGCAGUUUUCAAAAACGGGGAAUGUUAAUGUUGAUUUGACAUAUGACAUUCAAACAUUCACCGAUUCAAUUACAAGGCAAGCAUCGAAUAUUAAUGUAUAUAAAAAGGGCAUGAAAAUAGAAACAAAACACGUACGUAGAAAAGAGUUGUCCAAAUAUCUUCCUGCUAGUAUUCUUGGAAAGAAUAAAAAGAAAGAUAGAACUUCUAAUUCCAAUGUUAGCAAUUUAACAACUGUACCAGCUGGUGAAAAUAAAUCAGUGAAAAAUGUUGGUAAUGAUUCUUCAGCUGAAAUGAAGUCUCCUGAGAGGCCAGAGUUAAAUGAUUCCAUUUCUUCAGCUAAUACAGAGAAAUCAGUGAAAAAAAGGCCAAUAGAAGAUGAUAGUAGUUCAAAAGCUAAACGUAGGUCUUGCUCACCAGUUUCAUUGCAAAGAGACAUUCCACUCCCUUUCUUGGAAAGGGGAAAUGAUUCUGCUACUGAUGACUCUCAGACAUGUAUAAUCCUUCCACGUGAUGAAAGCAGUUCUCCUAUAUUGAAGAGAGAAAGGGACCCAGAAGAAGGUCCUGAAAAUAAGUCCAUAAAAAAGAUAACCCCACCUUUCUUGGAUUCUUGUGGAGAUAAUGCUGUUGAUACUGAUGAAACUCAAUUAAGUUUGGAAACAUCCAGUGGCCUAAUUCCUUGCAUAGGUGAAAAUUCUAAUGUGACAAAAGAAGAAUUAAGUAUGACAUCUUGACGGUAUUGAUGACAAAUUCUUGGUUAUCAAAUCUCUGCAGGAUUCCUCCGAGUAAGGUUUUCUUGACGAUAGGAGUCUGCACUCGCAAGGAACUGGAAGAUUGUAAAGGCAUUCAAAAUUUUUGUAUAUUUAGUUUUAUUUCUCUAUUCCGUGAUAUGUUGAAAGCUCUGAGUAUGGUAACCAAAUUAUUUGCCUCCAGGUUGGGUUUUGAAAAUGAAAUCGCAUGUGGGUAUGUUUAUAGGUUUUUAACCUUAGGCAUGAUAGGUUUUUCUUCUCUGGAAGAGAAUUCUGAUCUCUAUCUUGAAUUUUCAGGGAGUACAUAAACUAUUUAUUUAAGAGUUAAUUUCAAAUCUCUACUUGUACAUAUAUUGUACAUAAAAAAAAUCUUAGAUUUUUGUGUUGUUUCUUUUAACUGCAUCAGUCCGAUUGUUAAUUUUAAACUCAUGUUCAUGAUACUAGUACUAUAUUACAAGAUCAUUUCAUUUUCAUUUUUGGUAUUGAUUCACAGUACUGUAUUUUGAUUCUUUUCCUAAAAACAAUAUUUAGGGCACUGAAGAAUAGUUCUCAAGAGAUACCUGAGGUUUCCCAUUCCUAUUUGUUCUUGCCGUUCCAUAAGUCUGCUACAUGUAAAAUUGUCUUCCAAAAAGAAAAUUUCUUUUACUCAGUUUUUUCAUUUUAUCAUUUUAGAACUACAUUAUAAUCAUGCUGAUUUUUUAAUAUUGUUUUCAGUUACCAAGUAAAAAGCAUAUUAUAAAACUUUUUUUUGUUGGAUGUUUGGCUGAUAAGCUUGCAUUCUGUGAUGAUCGAUAUAUAUUCUAAAUUAUUUAAACUUCAGAAUCGUAUGGAAGCUAUGGCUACUAUUUAAAAAUUACUUAUUAAGCUAUUUAAAAAAUAAUAAUAAUAAUAAUGCAACAAACGACAACAUUCAGGCUAGUCUUACCCACUGACGACUAUAGAUUUUUGUUAAGAUAUUAAGAUAAAAUGUUUACUAACGUGGAAGAAUUGUUAUGGAAAAUACAAAAUAGUAACUUUUCUUCCAUAAUUUUUGAAUUCGGGUUUCUUAAAUGUCUGAGCAUGUCUAAUAAAAGAACCAUUUUUAACCAGCAA